AUGGCGACCCUCAGGACUACGUCGCUAGGUGAGAUCCGCGGCAAAACUGCUGAUGGAGUGACUCAAUACCUGGGUGUCAAAUAUGCCUCCUUAAGAAAUAGGUUGGCAGAUGCGGAAUUAGUAGAGACUCGCGAAGGAGAUGUCCUCGACGCGACAAAGGACGGGCCAACGGUUCCCUCUUUUCAUUUUGGUUGCGAUCUCGAGCAGAGCGCCAUACAGCACACUCUCCCAAAGAAGGAACUUCCUCAGUCAGAUCUGGAUGGUCUCAAUCUGAACAUCGCAGUUCCUGAAGGCACAACGUCAGCUUCAAAGCUCCCCGUAUUUCUAUUCAUCCAUGGUGGUGGCUUUGCUAUUGGAGCCAAUUCAUGGCCCCAGUUUGACUGGGCCCGACUUGUCAAGCUCUCUGCGGAGAAGGGCUUUCCUAUCGUGGCCGUUUCAAUGAAUUACCGUCUAGGACCGUUUGGCUUCCUGACCUCUGAAGAGCUCCGUAAGGCUGGCUACAAGGCAAAUAACGGUAUUAGGGACCAGAGGGUCGCUAUGCAAUGGGUACAGAAACAUAUCUCUGAUUUUGGAGGUGAUCCUAACAAUGUUACUCUCGCGGGAAUGAGCGCAGGUGGAGCUUCCGUCACUAUCCAUCUUCUCUCAGACCAGCCACUCUUUAAACGUGCCAUCGCAAUGAGCGGCACCUAUCUCCUUCUGCCGCCUGUUGAAUAUAAUGCCCAAGAGGAGAACUAUAAGGCUGCAAUUGCUGCUCUCGGAUUAGAGGACAAGACAGUAGAAGAGCGAAUUAAGGUGCUACUCGAGACACCAGCACAGGAAGUGAUUACGAAAUUGCCUCCUUCUAUCGCCCUUACUCCUGCAGUUGAUGGAGACCUUAUUCCCUCGGGAAUCAGUUUCUCUCAAACGGAGGACAGAAAUUCCAAGGUCCUCAGAGCCAAGGAAUGGUGUAAAGACCUGCUGAUUGGCGAUGCCCAGAUCGACGCAAGCAUUACGGCAUUCCUCCGCAGUGACCGCAAGACUGAUGCGGCGAAGAAAUUCGUAUCAGCUAUACGCAGCGUCCUUUCCACCUAUCCACAGGAGGCAGAAGAGAUACUUCAGCAAUACGGCGUAAAAGAGGACAUGUCCGAUGAUGAAGCCUUUGUCGGGGUUAUCAAUUUUUCCAACGACAUCUCCUUCUUUGCUCCUGUAUUGACAUUCGUUAAGGGAUGGGAGGGAAACGCCUACGUGUAUUAUUUCAACGAAGGCAACCCGUGGGAGGGGCCAUGGAAGGGGAGAGCUUCCCAUAUUGUCGACCUUGCGUAUUUCUUUCAGAACUACAGGGAAUUCCUCACUCCAGCGCAACAAGCCGUGGCUACGGCAUUGGCAGAGGACUUUUUCAAGUUCUGUCAUGGUGUGGCGCCAUGGCCAGCUGUAAAGGGCGGCAACCUUGGGGGUGGCUUUGCAGCCCGCGUCUAUGGUCCCAGUGACGAGAAGCCCGCUACUUCUGUUGUGACGCAGCCCUACGGCGGAGAAACCAUGCGUAGAAGUAUUCUGCUUGAUUAUGCCGAUAAGAUUCCAUUGGACCUCUUCGUGAAGGUCUGGGAUAGGUAUUUCGCAGAGUAA